UCGCAUCGGACCAGUCCGAUCGGUCGCCGCCACGAAUGACGCCAAAUGAAGCCCGACGGUCAGAAAGCGUCGAGAGGCCAGGUGUUGAAUAGAUGCCGCGGAGAGGCGUCUUCUCUGUCUCCGGGUUGGUGAGGCGAUUUGGACCUCAGAAUUUUGCUUGGCGAGGGUUGAAACCCAACCCCACCUUAAAACUAGGGUCCCCAGAAGGAAGAAAGAAGCCGAAGACCAAUCAAGAGAGGAAAGUGCCCCCUUUCUCUACCCCGACUAAAUCUUGGUGCAAUCUGUUCCGACCCUCGUUGAUUGCCAAUUCUUUUCCUUCUCGUAGUAUUGUGUUCACUCCAUCGGAAUCCUAGUUAAAGAUUUGAUCUCGGGAAGCUUCUCUUUGUUAAUUGAACGAGAUGGUUGGAGCUCGGUCGAUGGCGAUCGGUUCCGUGGCCGUCGACUCCCAUCCCUCCCCUUGCCUCUGCGUCGAUGCUCUGCCCCUCUCCAAUCUCAAUUUCAGGGGAAGCGGGGACGCUCACAGGAUCACGACAUGCCGGAAGCCGUCGAGGUCGGGGCCGGGUUCUUUGGAGCUGAGCAGCUCCUUCGUGGACACCUGGCAGGGGCGGCGUCCCUCGGGGCGAUCCGGGAAGCGGCAGACCAAGAGUAAGAACAGGAGCCUUGUUGUCGUGGAUGAACUGGGCGGGCAGUAUGAAGAGGGCUUCGAGGAUGUUCAUGUGCAACUUAUCAAUUACUUCACCUACAAAGCUGCAAGGACUGUUCUUCAUCAGCUUUAUGAAAUGAACCCACCAAGCUACAUGUGGUUCUAUAAUUUUGUUGCAACCAACAAACCAAGUGAUGGUAAACGUUUUCUACGUAUUCUUGGGAAGGAGAAGCAAGACCUAGCGGAAAGAGUUAUGAUCACACGCCUUCACCUAUAUGGAAAAUGGAUCAAGAAAUGUGAUCAUGCGAAAAUGUAUCAACAAAUUUCUGAUGAGAACUUGCAGUUAAUGCGUGAACGGUUAAUGGACACCGUCAUAUGGCCAUCUGAUGACACAAACACAGAGAAGAUUGGCUGACGGCUAUGGGUGCAGCCACAAUAUUCUCAUUUUAUAUUCUAGUUGACCUCCAUAUCAGAUUCUCAGUGAUUUCCAUCAUAAAAAUUCUUAUGUAUAUAGUCUUACACAAUCAAAUAAGGAAUAUGAAUGGUGCAAUAUAUAACCAUCCUAUACCAACCAAUUUUCCUGUAGGUCUGUUUGUGUUGAGAUUUUCAAUUUAACUUGAAGUUGAUCA